CCCCCUCCCUCUGUGCCUGUGUCUGCUGCUGGCAUCCGGCCUUGCCCAGGCAGGCAGGCUGCUGGUGGUGCCCAUGGACGGGAGCCACUGGUUCACCAUGCGCUCAGUGGUGGAGAAACUCGUCCAGAGAGGCCACAAGGUGGUCAUGGUCAUGCCAGAGGUGAGUUGGCAACUGGGACAAUCACUGAAUUUCACAGUGAAGACUUAUUCAACAUCUUAUACCUUGGAAGAUUUGGACCGCACUUUCAAAGAGUUUGCUGAUGCCCAGUGGAAAAAUCCAGAGAACAAUAUUUUGUUUACAUCAGAAGGUUCAAGUAUUAAAUUUUUUGAAUUAUGUUUUUCACAUUGUAGGAGUUUGUUUAAGGACGAGAAAUUAGUGCAGUACCUAAAGGAGAGUUCUUUCGAUGCAGUAUUUCUGGAUCCUUUUGAUAGCUGUGGUCUUGUUGUUGCCAAGUAUUUUUCUCUUCCAUCUAUUGUUUUUGCCAGAGGAAUCUUUUGCCAUUAUCUAGAAGAAGGAGCGCAGUGCCCUGCUCCUCUCUCUUACGUUCCCAGAAUUCUCUUGGGCUUCUCAGAUGCCAUGAGUUUCAGCGAGAGAGUUUGGAACCAUAUCUUCCACUUGGAGGAGCAUGUGUUUUGCCGUUAUCUUUUCACAAAAGCCUUAGAAAUGGCCUCUGAAAUUCUCCAGACACCCGUGACAGCAUAUGACCUCUUCAGCCACACAUCGAUCUGGCUGAUCCGUGGUGACUUUGUUUUUGACUAUCCCAAGCCUGUGAUGCCCAACAUGGUCUUUGUUGGUGGGAUCAACUGCCGUGAGGGGAAACCCUUGGCCAAGGUACGUCUUCUCUCCCUUUGCACACGUAGGUUUACCUGGCUUUGA